GUUCAUAUGGAUAAAAAUGGCUGACAAAUCCAGUUCCUCAACUCAUGAAAUUACGUACUAUUUAAACGUUGAAAAUGCAAAAGUACUUGCCUUUUUGAUGGUAUCUGGAUUUGUAGUUUAUCAUGGGUUUAUUCAUAUUAAAUACAGUAAUGACUCGUGUAAGUGGUUGCUUAGCGAUGGGAGAUUUCCAGGAUAUGGUGUGUGGCAACCAUAUGGUUGUAUGACCCACAAAUACAACAAAGAGGAUUCCCGUAUGUGUAUGCAUUACAUAUCGUACUGGGGCGGUUAUAACCACAUCACGUUUCUCGGAGAUUCCAGGAUUAGACAACUCUAUUUCGAUUUUGUGAAUCUGCUCAGUAAAGAACCUGUGGACAAGUACAAAUCCCAUGGAGAUCUUCAUUUUAAUGAUAAACACAUAAAUGCAAGAGUGGAUUUUAUUUGGAUGCCUUUUGUCAAUACUGAUAUGUACAAGAUGUACAAGUCAUGGAUGUUGAAUGGACCAAGGGACCGGCCAAAUCUCAUUGUAACAGGAAGUGCUACAUGGAUAAUAAAAGAAUUUAAUGCCAGCAAAGAUGCUUUGAAAAAUUUUGAAGCAAAUCUGACAUACAUUGUACCUUAUUUUGAGAAAAUGAAGGAAUCAACAGACAUUAUAUGGGCACUUCAAGAUCCAGUUGUAGAGAAAAGACUGAAUGCAAAUCGUACAAUGAUCACUAAUGAACAGAUUGAUCAUUAUAACAAAGUGGCGCUGGAAGUUUUUGCAAAGUUGCAGAGUUCAGCGAAAAUUUGGAGCUCAUCACGUUUAGUGGCUCAGGGUAUGAAAAAAGAGUUGGUGGAUGGAAUCCAUCUUUCUUCAGCUGCUCUACAACUGGAUGUACAGAUGUUAAUGAACAUGUACUGUAACAAUCAGAUGAAUCAUAAUGAUGGUACAUGUUGUAGUAAUCCAGAACCAACCACCACUCUACAGAUUAUAGUGGCCGCUUUCUUCCUUGUCUGUAUGAUAUCAAUGUUUGCUCUGCUGAUAUAUAGGAGGAGAAUGAGAAGAAAUGGUGUUAAAAUAAGAACAGAAAAUGGUCAGAGAAAUGGAGGAAGUAAUGGUAUAGAGCAACCUGUAACAGAACACUCACAGUCACUUUAUGAAGUGUUGUCUUCAUUGUCUAAACUGGGAAUCAUCAUGGCGUACUUCUACCUAUGUGAUAGGACAAAUUUCUUUAUGAAGGAGAACAAGUAUUACACACAUGUGAAUUUCUUUUUACCGUUUGCCUAUGUGAUGAUUCUGGGCUUUUUCUUCAAUGAAAGUACAGAUAAGAAUGAAAUUUUACAUCGUGACCAGACAGAUGAGUGGAAAGGUUGGAUGCAGUUAGUAAUACUCAUUUACCAUAUUACAGGUGCUAGUAAAAUACUUCCUAUCUACAUGCAUAUAAGAGUGUUAGUGUCGUGUUACUUGUUCCUGACAGGGUACGGACAUUUUACGUACUUCUGGAAGAAGGGGGACUAUGAUCUGUUCAGAUACUGCCAGAAGGGUUGCAGUGUAUUGCCCAUAUACUGGCAUUUGAGGCAGAACUCUUUACGAAGAUUGCUCGAAGUGAUGUUUAGAUUAAAUCUGUUAGUCGUAACGUUGUGUUUUGUGAUGAAUCGACCCUACCAGUUCUACUAUUUUGUGCCUCUAGUCUCGUUCUGGUUUAUGGUUAUUUAUAUCACCAUGGCAAUAUGGCCGAGGGUCUGCGAGAAACACGCUGAAGAGAGAACUAGGGCAUAUUUUUUCAUGGUGAUCAAGUUCAUUCUACUAGUCACAGUUAUAAGCUUGUUCUAUAUGUCAGAGGUGUUCUUUGAGAAGAUAUUUUUGAUGCGACCAUUAAAACCAUUGUUUGUUACGUCAGAUGACUCUAUACAUGAAUGGAGAUUCAGAUGGCAGUUAGACCGUUACAGUGUUGUGUACGGAAUGUUAUUUGCUUUUGGCUACCUCAUAUUGAAGCGUUACAAAAUUAUUCAAGAUAUUGAUAAUAGAAAUCUCUUCUCUACGGGAAUAUCCUGGAUGUACACGCUGCUCGGUCUAAUUGGAUUAGGGAGUUACGCUGCCUUCUCGUGUUUGUGUAGAAAUAAACAAGAGUGUAAUGAUGUACAUUCAUACAUCAUGUUUAUCCCUAUUGUCUCAUUUAUACUUGUUAGAAAUAUUCAUGGAGGAAUUAGAACACGUUAUAGCUCAUUCUUUGCUUGGUUCGGUAGAAUUUCAUUAGAGUUAUUUAUUUCCCAGUACCAUAUCUGGUUAGCUGCCGACACCCACGGUGUUCUUGUGAUGAUACCUAGCUACCCCGUAUUAAAUGUGAUAAUCACGAGCUUUAUAUUCAUCUGUGUAAGCCACGAAAUUUCAAACAUUACGAUUGUGUUGACUAAAUACGCCGUACCAAAUGAAUGGAAAGCUUUACUUAGAAACAUAAUAAUAAUUGGACUUGUGUUAGUUCCCCUUUGUAUAUCACGAGGAGUUAUCUGAGAUCUAUUUUUAGAAACGUGAAGGGUUAGCUUUUAGAUAAGACAAUGCGGCGAAUUUUUCAAUGAAUUUCCCGUUCAUUGUUGAUGGCAGAGGAAUUUGUGAUAUGUUAUAGGUAAAUUUAAAUGUUGUUUAAGGAAUAUGCAAUGUUUGGAGUUAAAAACCAGGAUCUUGCCAUAACCAAUUUAUAAAAACCAUGAACCUAGUGAAUUAAGUUCUAAAUACUAAGUAAAAGUGUUUUUAGAUUAUGUCAAUUUCAUUUAAAAAAAGGUAAAAUCUGUGGAGGCG